AAGAAUUUCGGUAUUUUUCCAUUAACAUUUAGAAAAAAAAACAAACCAUGGAAUUAAUUUUUUUUAAUUAAAAAAAAAAAAAGUUUAAACGUUAUCCAUCAAGACAAGGACAAUCCUUUCUUCAUUCUCCCCCUCACAGACCUCACUGUCUGCAUCAUCAAUGGCAUUGUAUUCCAAAACUCUGACCUCAACAUUCCUCAAUUGCAAUGGCAGCUCAAUCAAAAACCACAAAACAUCAAAAAGAGAAGCUCAUCGUUCACUCACAAUUCACAUGAUGGCCUCAACAAUGGAGUCAUACGAAGAGGGUAACCUCGAAAGACCCAAAUGGACUGGCCAAACUCCUCUUUCUCGUCUUGUUGGUGCUCUUAUUUCCUUCAAACCUCUUUAUUCUGUCAUGAAAUUUGGUGCUAGACAAGCCCUUAUCAGUACAGCUGAGAAAACAGAUAUACCAUGGAGGGAGAUGACUAAUGAGAUAUUGGAAUCGGAGGUCUACAAGGAGAUGGAGAGCGUUCAAAACCCGAACAUUGUAUACCCAGAUUAUUAUCUAAAUCCUUUCCAUGCUUAUGAUGAAGGAAACCUUUCAUGGCUGGCUGCAGCAGAAGCAGAGCCUGCCACCAUGUCAAUUACUAGAAGAGCUAUACCUGAUGCUGCUUCCCUGGAUGAAGCAAUUGAAGUAGUACGUGGGAAUUGGCUUCGAGUAAUUGAGCAACAUCAUCUAGAAUACUCUGGUAAUUCUGUAGUUGCGGACAUCUUAGACAUAGGAUGCUCUGUAGGUUGGAGCACAAGAUUUCUGGCCAACAAAUUUCCUUCUGCUAAUGUCACUGGGUUGGACUUGUCACCUUAUUUUUUGGCUGUUGCUCAAUACAAAGAGAAAAAUGGAUCAUCAAGUGGAAAAUGCAUAAAGUGGGUUCAUGCAAAUGGUGAAGACACGGGUUUGCCGGCCAAGUCAUUUGACAUUGUCUCAAUUGCUUAUGUUCUUCAUGAAUGUCCAGCAAAAGCGACAGUUAAUUUGGUGAAGGAAGCAUUCAGGCUUCUUAGACCAGGGGGCACCAUUGCUAUCACAGAUAAUUCACCCAAGUCCAAGAAACUUCAGGAACUGUCUCCAGUACUAUUUACAUUAAUGAAGAGCACGGAACCGUUUCUUGAUGAAUAUUACCUGCUUGAUUUGGAAUCUGCCUUGAGGGAAGCUGGAUUUAUUCAUGUUCAUACGAUUCUUACAGAUCCCAGACAUAGGACUGUCACAGCAACAGUCCCACUCUAAGUUUUCACAUUCAAGGCAGCAUAUAUCAUGUAUAUUCAGCAACAUAAUAGCAAUAUGACCUAUAACCAACUCUAGGAAAGCAACCUUAAAAGAUAAGGUUGGUUCAUGGAUGGUCUAUAUAUUCCAAUUUUUUUGGAGUCAUCAAAGCAUGUGUAAAUUACGAGCAAUUUAGUUUGUUAUAUGUUGAUACUUUUUGUGAGAAUUGACUUAAUAAAGAUUGUGGCACUUUGGGACUUUAAAUGCAUUAUUUUGUUGUUGA